AUGACAUGGCUCUUAGAUUGCCCUCCGCCCUCAAGUAUUUCUUGGAGGAGAUUUAACGGUGCCAGAGAUGCGAGUAUGACGAGAUUCGACAAGACGAGUUAAGAAGAUAUCUAACUCAAAGAGGCUGAUUAUGGAGUGUUCAUUUGUGAAGCAAACGUGCUUUUCUAUACUAUCGAGGCUAGAAACGAGGUAGUUGUAAAAGGUAAAUGAUUUUCCACAUAGCAAUUGAAGGAAUUAUGCAUGCAAUGAGUGUUAGUCGUGAUUGAGCCAUACAUGUUUGUUUAAAGCAACGGCAAGUGAAAAGCUAUCAAAAUAGAGGUUACUACAUUUACCUCACUUUUAAGAGUGUCGAGGGCAAACAAACGUAUUGUUUUUCAAAUGGCCAUUAAAGAUAUUACUGCUCUGGUGCACUGGCAUGCAAUUUGCGUUAUUGCAGCCAGGACCAGUUGCCUCGAGUUUGGCGGAGCAAAAUGUCAAUGGCUGAAUUUUUAUAGGAAAGGGUGUAUAGAUGUAUACUACAAAUCCCCCCGAUUAUUCUAAGCAGCAUAUGUUUAUUUGCGGCCUUUCCCCUUCCAAAACUCGAGAACAAAAAUUUAUCUUUCAAAUCGGCACUCUUAAUCCCCACGGUAUCGAUCAACAAGCACUUUUCAUUCUACUUAUUCAUUCUUGUUUUCCCGUCACCAUAUUCCAUCCAAUAGCGUAGGUCUUAGCCUUUUCAUUUUGCAAAGAGGCUGCGAAGUACUGGAUCGCACUAAAUCAUGGCGAGUUGUAUAUGGUAUUUGACGCAAGGUGUAGUUCUUAUCUCUAGCAAAUCAUGCUCUGUUGUUUGAGAGCACUUGUUUUUAACAAAGAUUCGACAUGUUUUAGAUGAUAACCAAUUUUUCGUGAAGUUGCUAAGUGCGGGGGCUAUGGGAAAUAUUUGCAUAUUCUCUGUUGGAUUGUUCCUUGAGGGUAAUGUUGACCUUGUCACGAUACAAACCUUGCUUUUCAAAUGCAAAUUACUUUGUUAUCAUACUAACUUGAUUCUGGUCUCUAUGACAACAAGGUCACCUUCAGCCUCACUCCAAAUCAAAGGCUUGGCAUCUAAGUACACAGCUGUGCUUAGCUGCUAUCAAUAAUAUAUGAAAAGAAGUUUUUCUUUUCCGUUUUUGAGAGUUAUUGCGGCUUAUAAAACCAAGGUUAAACUGAAGCGUCUUUCUAUUUAUGACAUUCAAAAAUUUAUUCAAUGCUUCCAAGAUAAGAGAGAGAGUACCAUUAAUCUCGAGAAUUACUCAGGAAUGAGAAGUUGUCUUUUAUAUUUGAAAGUGAAAUAUCGCUAA